AUGAGCGAAGACAACCCGUUUGACGACCGCCUGGAUGAAGCCCUCGCCCAGCUCGUCGAAGGGAAGUGCGAUACCAAGGACAAAACAUGGCGGGCCAAAUACAUUCUACCCUUGAUCAAGAGGCAGGAUCUCCUCUCGCUGGUCAUUUCCGACUCGGGGAAUUGGGACGUCCUGGCAUUCUCAGGUCUAGAAAACAACAACGAAGGGACGGGACUUCACGCAGCCGUCAACAUGGACACUAUACUACCCCGAAAGAAAAAGUUGAAGCCCACUGCUUUUACCGAAUUCAUCUGCGACUUGAUGAAGUCGGGCAUCGCAGAUGAACGGUUAGGUCGGGACAAAGCAGCCGAGAUCUUAUCAAAGACGGACAAGAAUGGGGCAACGUGUCUCCACCUCGCGUUAGUGAAGGGUGACGACAGAUUCAAAGCUUCCAAGGUAGUGGAUGAUUUGAUCGAGAUGGCCGACCACAGGACUUUUACGCAACGCAGGGAAAAUGGAAACACACCGCUCCAUGACGCCGUCGACUUCCGACUCCGCGUGGAGGACGCAUCCCUUGGGGGAUUUCUGAUCCAAGCGCCUCGACGCGACACUCCGGCAUUUAGGACGCCAUUGGCUGAUUUCCACGAGCUCACCGCCGAACCGACACGUAUCCCGGGCUGCUGCGAGCGUUGUCUAGACAUCAACAAGGAGUAUCAUGACCACAAGAAACGACAUGCCAGCAUCCUUUGCGCACUGCUCAAGAAGGGCCCAGCUGCUUCGAGCAUAGCUAAUAAUGCAGGCCAGUCGCCUUACCCCUACCACGUGCUUGCUCGAGACGCUUACCGGCAGGCGUGCCAGGACGUUGACAAGAGAGUGAACGACCGGAAGCAGCAGCAAAGGGCAAGGCAAAAUUCGUCCCCGCGCUCGAAUAUCAACCUGGAUAAAGUCUCGACCAAUGUAAAGGACGAUAAAGUCUCGACCAGUGUGAAGGACAUCGACAAGUCUCCGAACCGGAAACUCGCUACUCCCCCCACCUGGGGCUGGCGGUGCAUCUGGGGCUGCUGGUGGGAGCGCGAGCACGACUGCGGAUUGUCGGCCAGAGGUCUUCUCCGAUUUUUUCAACUCUCGGCGUGUGUGGAAGAGCUUCUUUGGCAGGCGGCUUUUAACGACGGAAUCUACGAAGUGGCAUACCAGUGUCUUUUCCCGGCGAUAGUCGCACCCGAGCCCGGACAAGCCAAGGACGAAUCGCCUCCGGACCGCCAUGACUUGUACCGGAUUUUCAAGCCAAACAGGAGCGUGACGGCGUCAACUCGUAAGAAGUACCGUAACUUCAAGUUUCUACCCACCAUGGCGUCCGUGCACCUAAGAGUGACACCCGACCACGACUUGGGAAAACACCAGAAGCCACUGGCCGAGAAGAAGGGGGUGGGGCGCAUCUUGAAGCUCGUCGUCGAGGACAACCCCUCUUUUCCCUGCAGCGAGGCCACCGUCCAGGCAUGCUUUAGCAGGCUCCGAGAGGUUCGCUACCUCGACUGGAGACGGCCCAAUAUUUCAGCCCAGGCGCCCAACAAAGCGCCCAAUCUCGUCGAGGUGUGGCUGUACUCUACAGGUAUAAACGCGGUGCUGGCGGGCUGGGCUGACAAGGGAGGCUUGCAAACGCUCAAAAUGCUACGGACGGUGCACCUCGAUGCCAAACAGGGCAUCGAGACAAAGGCAGCCAACGAUAAUAAUGUGAACAGUUUUGAGAAACAGCUUGCUCGGUGGUACCAAACCACAGAGAGAAAGGCCCCGCUUAUCAAGCUGUCGGUCGAGACAAAGGGCGCCUCGGCCCGAGGCACCACCUACCCGGGCAGCGUAGACUGUAACGACCAGCCGUUGAACCCGUGGCUUGAGAAGGUCAAGCGCCUGGCCGGCCAGCUACAACCGCAAAAUGCAAAAGAUCAGGGGUCGAAUUCGGAUUCGGAUUCAGAUACCGACGAAGUCAACGAAACCAACGAUGCCGAGGAGAGCGGCCUGGUCAAGGUCGCGCUCAUUGACGACGGUGUUGACCCUGAAUGGGAUGGUUCGGGAGGUCCGGGUGACUUUUUGGACGACGCCGAGACAGCCUCGGGGGAAAAGGCCUGGCCCAGUGCUUGCCAAGAGACAUUCAGCAUUGGGGCUGCCCACAUAUCCCUUGGCAAGAAGAGUUUAGUAGGUCGCAAGGCCCAGUUCUUCUUCCCUUCUCAGGACGUCCUCGACGACGUCGUCGACAGCGGGACCUCGGCAGCCACCGUUCACGUAUUCGAAGGGUGCCGAAACAUCCCAAGGUGCUUCCAUGGCCAUCGACAUCUGUCCGACGCCGGUCUGACUUCUUUGGCCCAACCGGUAAGGUAAUAAUUACCGCAAGCGGCUUCAGUGAAAGUCGGAGUUGAGAUGGCGCUGCUGCGACACCGAAAUGAGCUGCAAUCCCCCCGCAUCUUAUGUUUGGACCAACCACGGCAUCCAAGCGCCAAUGAAGCCAGCAGGAGGGCUGAGGCCAUCUUGGAUUGGUGUCUAAACUUUUCUGACUAAUUUGAGCUCUGGGAUCUGUCCUGUCUGUCUUGGCCCGGAGCCUGCCUGGACUUUGAGGCCGGCUAUCGCGGUUAGGUAGGUUCCAACCUACCGCUACCUCGACGGCCCAGGCUCAGGCUCAGAGCCGGCCUACUACUUAGUGGGAGUAAGCGGCAAGGCUUCCACUGGAGCGACACUGGUAAUAGCGAAGAAGCUUGGAGGCAACCAGCGCUGGCUUUGGGUUAGAGGCGAGUUCCAG